AUGAAAAUAUCGUUUGAGAAAGAAGGAAUCUUUGUUGGAGAUUCUCAGGGAGGUAGUGAGCAGAACGUUUAUAACGUGAUUGAGGUUGAGAAAAGGCUUUGGUUUCUUCCCGGUGAAAUGCUUCUUGGGAACAAGGAAUUCCAGAAGGAAACUCGAGGACUUGUAAGUGAAUCUGAGGAAAAUGAGCUCGAAGAGAAAGUGGAAGAGUUUGUGCCGGAGGAGAAGGCUUCAAAGAAACGUUAA